AUGCGGUGCACCCCCGUACGAUGCAUGUCCAUGUGGGACAGCCCGGUGUUUGAACACAACCCCCUCACUCGCUACUGGAAGAAGAUGAUGGACCGCACCGGCAGCACGCUGUCUUCGCAGAGUAUUCCGCGUCAUAUACACGGCUACCUGGAAGGCUCGAACGCACGCACGGAAAGCCACAUACGAUGGUUUCCGUACAAGCAGGAGAUGACGGUAGAGGGACGGUACGUACCAACGUUUAAGGAUGUCAUAUACACCCACUACUUUCCGAAGGAAUUCAACGACGAUGAGCGGGUGAAGUACAUCUCAAUCAAAACGGGACGGUCCGAGCUGGAGGUGGCCGACGAGAUCUUCCUGAUGCGCAAGAUGAAGCUCUUUACGGCGCAGCUUCUGCGUAACAAACUGCGCAGCCGCCCUCUGCGGAUGCCGCAAGGCGUCGACUACAGUGGCAUUGAGCGACGCUACACCAUCGGCGUUUCCAAGGUGGCGCAGGCAAUGGGCAUGAGCAUGUACAGUACUAACUCCUACGACCCCGUUCUCAUGUACUCCCCCUACCUCGACAUGGGGGACUGCGUCGACCUCAUCGUGACGAAGCAGCUGCGAACUUCGCUGCAAUACCUGCUGUGUGACAUCGUUGUCCAUCGCGGUAUUCAUCGAGCUCGUCUGCCUCACGUGAAAGGCGAGCCCAAGGAGCCCUUGUGCCACAUCGAGCCUUGCCUCUACCAGUUCAUCAAGCUGCGCCUGGCAGUGUUCUCGCUCAUCGCCAAGCAGGAGCAGUACGUCGUGGAUCACCACUUUGACGGCAACCACCGCUAUGGCGGCUGCCUCAUUCACCUCUUCCCCUCCCCGCUAGACCCCGAGAUCAUUGACCACCACGUCGAACACAUCGAACUCGAUCUCGAGCUAGCGCAGACCUGGAUGAAGCACUACUACGAUCACUACAUCGCACCCCGCCGGAACGCGUAG